GAUGUGAAUAAAUCCUUAGGAAUCAGGUUAAAAAUAACCCAGGUGAUACGUUGGCCCUUGUUAGCCCUGUUCUCUACUUGGAGAAAUACAGUUUAACCCGGUCAGUUAGCAUUUACAUAUUUAUCUAUGUUGCUGAUAAAGAAGAAUCUGGGGGAAGGGUGUUUGCUGGACCCGCCCAUCUCUCAUUCUAUUGGCUGAAGUCUGUGCCAAAGCCAGAGGCUUCUACUCGGAGCUGCGCAGUGAUUGGCUGUCGGUCUGAGCGUGUGGAGCCUGUGUAGCCUGUCCGUUUGAAUGUACUCAGGACUGGAGGGGAUCAUUUCCAUGGACCAUCUGUCUCUUUGGCUGCCCACACAACAAAGAAGGACCCAGGAUGGUGUUAGUACAUGUCGGAUAUCUGGUUCUCCCCGUCUUCGGCUCAGUUAGAAAUAGAGGAGCACACUUCACCAGGCAUCAUAAUAGCCAUGCUACCUCCUGCCGAAACUUUCACCUGGGUGCUCCCCAGGCGCCGCUUUCAGCCGAGUUCCCUCUAGGACACAUCAGCCAGCAGCCUCAAACAGGCCUGGCCGCCCACCUGCCCCCGGCACACCACCCCCCUCUCACUGCCCUGCCUGCUCCCCCUCAGUUCCAGGAUGUGCCGGGGACUCCAUUCCUACCUCAGGCUUUACACCAGCAAUACCUCAUCCAGCAGCAGCUCCUCGAAGCUCACCAACGCAGGAUCCUCCCACACUCCAGGAGAAGCCAGGAGCGUAUUCCCCUGAACCCCCACAGACUGCGUCCAGGGUACGAGUACUCGGCUCCCCUCCACGUUCCACAGCCAGUUUCCCAGCAGCCACGGUACCUAGCUGAGGGCACUGACUGGGACCUCAGUGUGGACGCCAGCCUCCCUCAUCACCAGUAUCAGCUGCAGCAGCUUCCACAGCACUAUCAGCAUUACCUAGCCACCCCACGAAUGCACCACUUCCCUAGGAACACAUCCUCCGCACAAGUGGUUGUGCAUGAAGUAAGAAACUACCCUUACCCCCAGCUGCACCUGUUGGCACUGCAGAGUCUGAAUCCUUCAAGGCAUGCCACUGCUGUUCGAGAAAGCUACGAGGAGUUAUUACAGCUGGAGGAUCGACUGGGCAACGUCAGCAGAGGCGCCGUUCAGACAACCAUCGAGCGAUUCACAUUUCCACACAAAUACAAGAAGAGAAAGCCAGUGCACCUGAAGAUUGGGGAAGAGGAUGAAACAGAUGAGAAAUGUACAAUCUGUUUGUCUAUGCUGGAGGAUGGAGAGGACGUCAGGAGACUUCCCUGCAUGCACCUCUUCCACCAGGGCUGUGUGGACCAAUGGCUGGCCACCAGCAGGAAGUGUCCAAUCUGUCGCGUUGACAUCGAGACACAGCUGAACCCUGACAGCUGAUGAGAUCCAAGCUCUGGCCUGUCACUUUGAUUCCUCCUACUCUCUUCUACCCCUCUCGCUGCCCCCUCUUCCCUCCCUCCCUCCCUCUCUCCGUCCCUCCCUCCCUCCCUCCACGCACCAUGUUGGGUGCUUUGCCAAAUGUCUCCAGACGUCAUGUGACAUCACCACGUUUCUGACUCAUGCUUUACUGAGCCAAGCCAGGACAACUAACUGCAUGAGAGGCAACUGCAGUGGAGUCUCUUUAUAUAGAAGCACAUCCCUCUGGACAUGCACACACACAUACACACACACACACACACUGUCAUGUACACAGGGUUUACCUGUAG